CCUCCCUCUACUACUACUAUCCCUCACUUCAGUUACUCCUCACUCACUCAUUCAUUCAAUCAUUCCGUCACUUUACUACCUACCAACUACCUUACCCAUUGCUUUUCUUGUAUUUAUUUAACCCCUCUCCAAACCGAGAGAAAUCACUUAACAAAAGCCCCCUCCGAGCAUCGAAAGCAACAUGCAGUCCCCACCAUGACCUCCCGCGAAGAUAGUGUCCUGGCCGCCAGAGACCCCUCCCUCACCGACGAAAACGACUGGGAAGAGUUCAGCCUGUCGGAAGUUCGAGUCCUGGUUCCGGGCAAAUCCCGCUAUGCGAAUCUGUUGACUGCCUCGCCGGAGAAUCCGGUCCAGGUGACGGGGUGUUUGGAUGAGGUGGAGGAGGAGCAGGAGAAGCUAGUGCUCGACCCAGAAUACUUGACGAAACGCAUCGUCCUCGAAAACGUCACCCACUUCGCCUACGGACAACAUAAUGAUGGGGAGGUUGGGUUCUGGGUGGCUGGGAAGGCGGGCUGGUUCUCGAUAUCUCCGGCGAAGGGGUACAAAGCCAUCUUUAAUGAUGUGGUGGAGGCGAUUGAUCUGUUGUAUUUCCUGGCGGAUCGCCAUCAGUCGAAAAGGAGGAGGAAGAGGAGGAAUUGGAAUCCGAGUGUAGAGUAUUUGUGUGAGGAGUAUGUGAGCCAUACGCAUGGGAUUUGCGAGGAUGCGGAUGACUCUGCAGAGGUGUUUUAUAAACACCAUGACUUUCUGCUGUCCAGGAUGUUGAAGGGUGAGGAGGAUGUGCAGUGGACCACUACGUGCAUUUUUGAACAUCUUUGCGAGAAGUUUCCGGAUGAUUAUGAGCAGAUUAAAGCACAGUACGAAGGGGCGAAGGAGGUCGAGUCGGAGGAAGAGGAGGAAGAUGAACAAGAGGAAGACAAGGAAGAGGACGAGAAUGAGGACCAAGAUGAGGCGGAAGCACAACCAGAUACAUCUGGACUAUCGAAAGACCAGGCAGAUGCUAUUUACAAGGUCAUUCUCGACCUCAAAGAAGCAGGAUACCUGGCUAAGCGUCAAUUGACCUUCGAACUGCUCAUCAACACCCUCGUCGAACGCUUCGCAAUCGACAGUACCGAAUACGCACACGACCUUGUCGGUGCACGGGCCGAAGCUAUCAUAGAAAUGAUGGACGAGGCGAAAACAUACAACUUUGACUGGUCCCGCAAGGUUAUUUACCGCGAGCUCAAAGCCGCGGCCAAGAAAAACAGAGUCCAGCAAAUCACUCUCACCCCGCUGCGGCCUCGUCCGACCGAUGACGAUGAAUCGUCCGGAGAAGAAAGUGAGCAUGAAGACCAUCCCCGACUGCGAAGACGUAGGGUCCACAAGUCGGUCUUGCGACCGAAGAGCUCUGUUGCCACGAAGCAGACCGGAAAACGAACACGAAGUGCAGUUGAUGACCAAGAUGACGACUCGGACAACGACAACGAUGCAAUGGACGAAUUCGAGACUCCAAGCAAAGUCCGCGGACAUGAUCUUGUUCGCGACCCGUUGUCGACCCGCGCGAAGCGCAGGACGCGGUCGCUUCUGUACGAUGCAACCCCCAUCCAAAAAACGCCAUUGCAAGAGACGCUUCAGAGCCGGAACACGUCUGUUUCCGGGGCUGACCGUGAGACAAAUGCGGAUGCAUCAGAUUUGGAAGCCACCCUUGAAGAUGAUAUAACAUCCGAUACCUGGACAUGUCACGUUCGAGGCUGCGAAAAGGUCAUCCACAAAAGCAAUUCGAAACGUGGCAAGGAGCUGAUCCAGGAUCAUGCCCUGGCUCAUGCGGAUGAUACUAAAGCAAAGAUCGAUCUUGUCUUUGCUGAACAGAGACUCAACAUUGGGCUUCCUGUCGACAACCUCCUCAGUCGUAUCAGAGAGCUGGGCGCAUUUGAUACCGAGCAUCCGGUGGAUGGCGCCUUCACUAAUGGAGUGAAGACAUAAUCAGGCAUACAAUGAGAUGCAACAAAUAGAUACAAUUUCUGUGCAGACAGAUGAUGUGCGUGUGCAGUCUACCAGUUGCGUAGCUCGCAGCACUUACGGAGUCAGGUUAGCGGCGUUGAGUGGCAUGAUACAUGGCGGGUGGGAUUCUGCUUCUUGAGACAUGAUGUGAUACCAGAGAUACCAGCAUAAUGAAGUCCCCUACUCAGGUUCAGCUAGAUAGACAGUCACCAUUCCAUGAUUAUCAAUAUACAAAUCAAAC